UGCCAAACCAAACCGAAUAGAAAAAAAAAAAAACUAAAUUAUUAAUUUAGUUUAAUUGGUUUUAAACCGAAUUACUUCCACCCCUUACCAACCACCCUCUCUCUUGUCUCAUUGUUUUUCCAAAGAAAUUCCCACAACGUCCACAACUUUAAAUGCUUGGUUUCAUUCACUCUGCUAAGUUCAGUUUCCCUCCCCAAUCUCCUCAUUCCCCUAGCACGUGCUCCAUCAUGCUCUUAUCAUGUGACUUUCUUCCCUACUACUCAUUUUUUUCUCUCUCCUAUUUUACUCUCACUUGUCACAAAUUUACCACUUCUUUCCUCACCCACUUACUGUCUUUUCUCUCUGCAAAUUCUUCUAUUUAUCUUCUUUCUUCUGUACUUGAAAAUUACUUGAAAUUUGAAACAAUCCUUCAAUUUUCAGUUGAAUUUCGAUCUAAUUAAUCGAUUAUUUGCAUAUUUUUAUUUUUAUUUGAUAAUGUGAAAAGAAGUUAUGGGCUGCAUACAGUCCAAAACGACACACCUUACUUCUCCAAACGACGCAACUCCUCUCCCUGAAUCCGACAAGCAAAUCUCAGUUGGAGAAGUAGGAGAUGGGGAUAAUCAGCAGCAAAAAGUAGCAGCAUUUAGAGAGUACAACUUGAGUGAGCUUAGGAAAGCAACAAAUGGGUUUAGCACAGAAUGUAUAGUUUCUGAAAGUGGAGAAAAAGCACCUAAUGUUGUGUAUAAAGGAAGACUUGAAACUAAUCGUUUCAUUGCUGUUAAACGCUUUUCUAAGCAAUCUUGGCCUGAUGCCCAACAAUUUCUGGAAGAAGCAGCUGGUGUUGGGAAGGUCAGACAUAAAAGGCUGGCUAAUCUCAUUGGAUGUUGUGCAGAGGGGGAUGAGAGAUUGUUGGUGGCUGAAUACAUGCCCCAUGAUACUCUAUCAAAGCAUCUUUUCCAUUAUGAUAAGCAGCCUCUUCCGUGGGAAAUGCGUGUGCGAGUGGCCUAUUAUAUUGCAUUGGCUCUUGAUCAUUGCAAUGCAGAAAAUCGGAAAAUUUAUCAUGAUUUAAAUGCAUAUAGAGUGCUUUUUGAUGAGGAAGGUGAUCCAAGUUUAUCCACUUUUGGCCUAAUGAAAAACAGCAGGGACGGUAAAAGCUACAGCACAAACUUGGCCUACACACCACCUGAGUUUAUGCGGACAGGAAGGGUUAUUCCCGAGAGUGUCAUCUACAGUUAUGGCACCAUUCUACUUGACCUUUUAAGUGGGAAGCAUAUACCUCCUAGUCAUGCAUUGGACAUAAUAAGGGGAAAAAGCGCAUUGGUAUUAAUGGAUUCAUCAUUAGAAGGACAAUAUGUAAAUGAGGAUGCGGCUACAAUGAUUGAAUUAGCAUCAAAAUGCCUACAGUAUGAAGCAAGGGAUCGACCUGAUAUCAAAUUCCUUCUUGCAGCAGUAGAUCCCCUGCAAAAACAGAAAGAGGUUACGUCUCUUAAUCUGAUGGGGCUGGCCAAGGCUGCAGUAGUGGUUCCAAUAAUGCUUUCUCCCUUAGGAAAGGCUUGUGAAAGGUUGGACCUCACAGCUGUGCAUGACAUCUUGCUUAAAACUGGCUAUAGAGAUGAAGAGGGUGCUGAUAAUGAGCUCUCAUUUCAAGAAUGGACACAACAAGUUCAAGACAUGUUGAAUACAAAGAAAUUCGGAGAUAUUGCAUUCAGAGAUAAGGAUUUUAAGAAUGCUGUAGAAAACUAUUCAAAGCUGGUGGCUAUGAUGCCUGCACCUUCAGCUACUGUGUUUGCAAGGAGGACCCUCUGUUACUUGAUGAUUGGGCAACCCGAGCUUGCCCUUAGGGAUGCUAUGCAGGCCCAGGUAUGCAUACCAGAGUGGCCAACGGCAUUUUAUUUACAGGCCCUUGCGCUCUCCAAGCUAGGGAUGGAAGCUGAUGCCCAGGAUAUGCUAAAUGAUGGUGCUGCCUUUGAAGCCAAGAGGCAAAGUAGCUGGCGGGGCUGAAAUUAUUUCUACAUUAAACGCCGUAAUAUUGCUGUAGAAUAUGGAGAUAUGAGAGGAGAGGUUAUGGAGAAGAUAGCUGGGAUUGAGCAGUAGUUGGAUCAAUUUUUUCUCUUUAGCUUGAGGUGUUGGUUUUAAUCAUAUACAUAUGAUGUAAUAUGUCAAAGUAUAUUUAGUCAUUUAUUAGAGAAUAGAUAACUAAAUUAGUUCUAGCUACUAUUGUGAAUUUGUGAUCCUUCGUCAUUUCUAUCGGAGCCAUUCAAAACUCCCAUCGUAAUUUUGUGUUCUUAGAUGCACAGGGGCACCUCGAGCCCAUACAAGACGAGUGUGAUGAACUUGCAUGUCUUAUUACGAAACAAACUUUAAUUUAUAUAGUGCUAAAAAUAAUCAUCUAUCAA